GAAGUGGACCGGGCCCGGCGGCCAUCUUGCCGUGAGACAGCAGGAGUUGGGCGCAAUGCUUUCCACUGCCGCUUACCGGGGACCGGACGGAGAGCUGGCAAUGGGGCCCCACGGCUCCGCCGGCCCUGUACAGCUGCGUUUCUCGCCUUACGCCUUCAAUGGAGGUACUGUAUUGGCAAUUGCUGGAGAAGAUUUUUCCAUUGUUGCUUCAGACACUCGGUUGAGUGAAGGAUUUUCAAUUCAUACCCGAGACAGCCCCAAAUGUUACAAACUAACAGACAAAACAGUAAUUGGCUGCAGUGGUUUUCAUGGAGAUUGUCUCACUCUGACAAAGAUUAUUGAAGCAAGAUUAAAGAUGUACAAGCAUUCCAACAACAAGGCCAUGACCACGGGGGCCAUCGCGGCCAUGCUGUCCACCAUCCUGUACUCACGGCGCUUCUUCCCCUACUACGUCUACAACAUCAUCGGGGGCCUGGACGAGGAAGGAAAGGGAGCUGUGUAUAGCUUUGACCCAGUGGGCUCCUACCAGAGAGACUCCUUCAAGGCCGGAGGCUCAGCAAGCGCCAUGCUACAGCCUCUGCUUGACAACCAGGUUGGUUUCAAAAACAUGCAGAAUGUGGAGCAUGUCCCCCUGUCUCUGGACAGAGCCAUGCGGCUGGUGAAGGACGUCUUCAUCUCUGCAGCUGAGAGGGAUGUGUACACUGGAGACGCCCUCAGGAUCUGCAUCGUGACCAAAGAGGGCAUCAAGGAGGAGACCGUCCCCCUGCGGAAAGACUGACGUGUGCCAUGUACGGGAGCUGUGGCACAAGUUUGCUUUAUUCAAAGGAAAUGUAAAGUGCUCAUUUUAUUACAGUUUGUCUUCUCUAAGACAACAAAUUGGGAAGAAUUUUUUUUGUGGGGCUAGAGAGAUGACUGGGCAGCUAGCACCCAGCUGUACCUGCACUUCCUGGGCGGACAGUGCCCUCCUCAGCCCUCGACCAGCACAUGCUCAU